AGAACAUGUCGGGAGUGUUAAAGGUGGUCCGCGCCACGGGCCUUCUCAGGGCGGUGUCCCACGCCCCGGGCACGCAGGUCGGAGGCAUUCGCAACCUGCACGUCACCGCCGCGUCCAGGGCGGGCAUGGGCACGCCAGUUCCCGCGCACGAGGUCCCAACCGCUGAGCUGCCGGAGGAGAGCGAGCUCACCUGGGACUGCGGCGACGCAUACCCCGAGCCCGCGUUGGACGUGGUACCCCCGCACAUCGUCAAACCCGCGGAGGCGGCGGCGUAUCUCUUCGGCGGGCUCGGCGUGUUCUACUCAAUCUACAGCCUCGCCAAGGUUGUCGACAAGCCGUCCACGCAGCCGUUCGCGGACAAGCAGUUCCCGUUCGAUAACCUCAAGACGGAGCUCGGAAAGUGAUCGGAAAGUGAUCCGUCCGUCGCGGGGGUGGGUGUAAUCUUUUAGCCUAACGUUGUAUCUCUAUUCCUUCACACGAC